GGGUGGGAAUCACUUUUAACAUUAAAUCUCUAUGUCAUCUCAGGUAGAAAAAUACACAUUUUCAAAAUUAAUGUGCUGAAAUACGUAACUCCACUUCUUUAACACUGAAAACCAAGAUUCUAAAUGGAAAGGAAGGAAAGCCUGUUCCCAACAACCAGUCACAGUAAAUACAUUCCAGAGGCUACAUAGACCUAUAUUUAACAAACAUACUGUAUCCAAUGGCAUGUGAAGUGGAGAGAUCAAAGCAUUUACAUAUGGGCUUGAAAUUUGCCUCUGCUAGUUGGACAAGCUUUUCAUUCAUAUUUGGAAGACAUUUUCCAGUUUGGGUAGCCGACUAAUAAAUUAGUUCUUAAGUGAAAGGCAUUUAAUAAGACUAUGAAACUACAGGUACUAGGUAAGUGUUUUCUGUAGCAUACUCUUGUAGCUGUGUACUAAAUAGGGCCUGAUAUGCUGGAGAGAGACCAUGAGAAGAAAACUAAUCACCGGAGACCUUAGGUGCCUGCUGUCUACUAGAGAACAGAUCCUGAGGGCUGGCAGAUUCUUAGUGUUUUAUUAGAAUGAAAGGGAUUGUAAAUCAUAGUAUGAACCAGGCUCCGUUCAUCUCAGAUGUCGGUAGGCAGAGGCUGGGGUAUCUCUGGUAGUUUGAAGCCAACAUGAUCUACAUAGUGAGGUGCAGACCAGUUAGGGCCUGCAUAGUUAAGACUCCAUCAGAAAUAAAAACCAAAGUAAAUCAUAGGGCAAGUUAAACAGAAUGAAAAACAAACAACCAAAAAAUACUUUUUACUUCUUUUCUUGUAACAACAGUGCUAACUGAAACUUUAAUGUGGAUAUUAAUAGACAUUUAAAAAUUUUAAUUUUCUUUGAACUUUCUGUAGUUAAAAUCCUCCAAAAGCUCUGGGUUACAUAUGGAGUUUGAACCUAAGCUCCUCCCUGCCAUCAGGGCAGCUGUCAACUUAACCUUAGCCUUACCCCAUGACUCUCACUCACUAUUGGAUUUCAGGAUCCAGGCAGAUAUGCAGGACACCUCUUCUGACUGGUGGUAGCUGUUCUUGUCUUCUAGUGCUGUUCUUUACUUGAGGGAACUUUUCCUAGUCUCUAAAAUAGAAGCAAGUCUCCUUUUGUUACUUGACUCUUUUGUUUGCUUUUACAUUAAAUAUUUUUUCUCCUUUGUAUUUAUGAUCAGAUAUACUUUUCACUUGUUAAUUAUUCCCUUUAGAUUUGUUGGUUCUCUCUUCCUAACUACAGGGUGGAGAUCUUAUUAGAUUUAUUCGUAAUUUUAUCCCUAGUACUUAGAACUGUGCCUGGAACCUAAUAGGCUCUUUGUAAAAAUUUUUAACAAUAAUUGCUGUAGUUGAUUUGAACACUUGACAUCUUCAGUCCAUAUCCUGUCUGCUCCCAUUUACUGAUUGCAUGACCCUGGACCAGUUAAUGACUUCUGGUGCUUCAUGUUAUUCAGCUGUAUAUGACGACUAGAGUAUUACCUACUUCAUAGCAUUACAUGAGUAAUACAUGUUAAAGAACACAGGUCUGAGUUUCCUGUGCUGUGUGUAGAGGCCAGAGGUUUAUGUCUGAUGCCUUCCAGUUGCUCGCUACCUUAGCUUUUGAGUCACAGUCUGUCACUGAAGCUGGAGCUUGCCAUUUGGGCUGGACGGGCUGACCCUGAGAUCUGUAUCUGCUGGAGUUAGAAAUGAGCAGCACUGCACCAGGUUUUUAGGUCCUCAUGUUUGCAGAACAGGUGCUUACUGAGUCUUCUCCUCAGUUCUUAUUAAAUAAAACAAAACAAAAAUAACAAAAAGCAUUAAACAGUUGUUUCAUGUACCAACAUCAUUUUUGUUUUGUUUUUUUAGAGACAGGGUUUCUCUUUGUGCUGUCCUAGACCAGCCUGUAGAUCAGAGCUGGCCUCAAACUUAAGAGAUCCACUUGCCUCUGACUCCAGAGUUUUGGGAUUAAAGUUGUGUGUCACUGUUGAUGUGAGAUAAAAUUGAAUUCAUUUUUAUAUUUGAUUUUUUUUAAUGAAAUUUUGUUGCUUACCAAAACUUGACUUUCUAAAUAUUUUCUCCAUCUAGAAUAAAAUAAAAAAUAAACUGAUUAGAAUAGCCUCACUUUAGUUUUAUUGUGUAUAUAAAAUUUAUCUUUCAAUCGAAAGAAGAUGCUAAGUAAUUUUCCCUACAGCCACCCAGCAGAGUGGCUUUCCUAUGUUUUGCUUUGAGGUUGUACUGGAAAUAUGAUCAUGGUGAGAGAGCUUGCUGGGGCUUCUUGUUUUCAGACAGGAAAAUUGUUGGCGAUCUUAUGGAAGUCUGUUUUUUUGUAGAGUUUAGAAAGAAGAGGUGUUUGAUCAUCUCUGGUGGGAUAUUUUCUGCCAUCUUGCACAAGGAAUUUUCCCUACAUGCUAUAUUUUGUUUCUCAAUUUGGCACUUAAAGCAACCUAGUGAUAUUCUACAACCCUACCUUUUGGUCUCUUUUUUUAAUGUGUUAUUUUUUUUCCUUUCGAGUUUAUGAAAACGAGACCAUGACUUUGUAAUAAUAGAGUUAAUGCAUCCUAAGUUAUUCUUACUAAUGUAAGACUCUGCACACGGCAAUUAUAUUUGCUUAACACUAGAUAUUUUUACUUCGCAUAUGUCCUUGGCAAAAUGGAUUUUUGUAAUUUCUUUUAUAUCUCAUUCUCAACUUUAAGUCAGGAUUCUAAGCCUUGUGCCUGAAAUUUAGAAAUACUGCUUGUCUUUUUAACAUUUGUUCCAAAUUGUAGUAAUAAUUGGUAAGUUAUUAUGUAUGGACUAUCUUCCAGGGCUCUUUGCUAAGUGGCUUCUCAUUUAAUAUUCAGAAGCACUGUAUAAAAUUGGCACACUUAGGAAGAAACAGGUUUGUAGAGAUGAUAGGUUGGGUCACAUGGUACAAAAGGAACUGGGAGUUUCACUGUCCUUGAUUCAUGACCAAGGGUCCUAACGCCCUUGCCCUUGCAAGUUUUUCAUUGUUGUCAUAUGUUUGCAAGAGUAUGUUCCUUACAAUUAGGGUGCCUGACCCCUGGAAGUUGUAGUUAGAGGUGUUUGCAGGAUCUGAGAUUUGGACUCUGGGCCUCAUGAUUGCACAGCAAGCUCUUUUAACCAUGGAGCUAUCUCUCCAGUCCCAGAAUUGUAGUUUAUGAAGAAUUUAAUAUCCAUUUAAACAUGGACAUUGAGGGAGAGGAAAUACAAGAUGUGAGAGAGGAGAGUUAGCAGUGUGUAAGUGAGCUUUGUAAACCUAAGACAGAAGGAAGUCUGGACUUAUCAAAAGAGACCAUCAACAUUUAAGUGUCUUAACAGUUGUAUGGAUGAUUUUGUGACUUUUAAAGUUACAUUGUUCUGAGGAAUGUAUCCUUAGAAAAUUGAUACCAGGAAGGAGUUAGAUUUUGUCAUAAUACAAGCUACAUUGUAUGCUUUCCUUCUUGGUCAAGAAGAGAUGAUUUGAAAAACCUAUGUAUUUUUAAUUGCAUUCAUUUAUUUUGUUUGCAUAUGGCUAUAUGUGUCAGUAUGUAUAUAUAGAGGCCAGAGGACAAUUUGUGAAGGUGAUCCUCCUACCACAUAGGUUGUGGUGACCAAACUUGGAUUCUCAUGCUUGAUAAUAAAUGCUUCAACCCCCUUUUAAAAUGUACAUUUAUUGAUUUGUGUAUGUGUGGAGGUCAGAGGACAUCUGGUAGGAGUGAGACUUUUCUUUCUACUGUUUAUUUCCCAGCUAUUGGACUCAUUGCAUCAGGCUUGACUUUAAGGACCUUUGCCCACUAAGCUAUCUUACUGGCUCAUGAAAAACCUUUUAUAGGCUGGUUUGGUCCUGUGGCUCUGUGUAUGUGAGCUUGCAUGUGUGUAGGCCAGAGGGUGUUGGUGUUCAGGUGCCAUCCACUGUUUUUUUGUUGUUGUUUUUGUUGUUAUUUAUUUAUUUAUUUAUUUUAUAAAACAGGGUUUCUCACUGGCUUUGGGAUUUGGACAGGUAGGCUAUGCUGGCUGGCUAAGGAGAGUAUUAAGUCUCCGUUUCACCAGCGCAGCUGUGUACCACCAAACCAGGUUUUGCUGCUGCUGCUGUUUUACUUAGGUUCUAGUGUUUGGAUUGAAGUUGACCGUCUGUUUAUCUAUCUGUCCCCAUGGCUUUCCAUGUGAGUAGGGGUGGACAAAAAAAAGUCUGAUAUUAGUAUUGUGUAUGAUUGUACUUGAGUCUAGCAUGAAUAUGAACCAGGAUUUUGCUCUCUGGCUUAGUCUUUCUUGAUCCCACUGAAAGUUUAAGAGGAACUUCUUGAAGGUUUAUUCAUACAACAAUGGUUAUAUACUAUCUAAACUCUCAUUCUUACAUCUGAGAACACUAAGACUGUACCAUUUUCACCUUUUAGGCACAGUCUGAAUUAUGUAGCUGAGAUUUUGAUUUAGGUUCGUUGAGUGCAGGAUCUUCUUUCCAUUGUGCUGGACAUUGAUCUAUGAAGUAUGUUAGUAGGCUACUUCUCUUCCACCGAGCUAUAGCCUGGUAAAUUGUCAACUGCUUGUGCAGCCUUGGGGAAAGGCCCCAUGGAACUUCCCAGUAAAGUAAAGUAAACCCUGAGUUUCCAGAAGGAAAUGCAGAGGGAACAGCUGUCUCCUGCCUCACACAUAAUCUGAGAGGAUUGCUUCUGGUGAGGCUUGUAACCUUUCUAUUGAUGCAAUACAAUCUGAAACCCAGGCUGAUGUUUGUUUCAGUCAAAUGUUUUUUUUUUUUUUAUUUUUUUUUUAAUGUAGAUUCUGUUGUAAGUUGGGUUUAUAGAUAUUUUCUGGUUUUUUGUUUGUUUUGUUUUCCUCUUUAUUUUGCCUGCUUGUAUGUCUGUAUGUGGGUGUCAGAUCUUGAGGUUCCUGACAGUUGUCACCUGCCAUGCGGGUACUAAUAAUUGAACCUGGGUCUCUGGAAGAGCAGUCAGUGUGCUUUUAACCACUGAGCCAUCUCUUCAGUCCCACUUUUCUGGUUUUUAAAAUACUCAGUUGUCUGAAAAUUUUGGUAUUUGUCAUUUCUUUGAAUUGAAUUAUUUGAUCUAGAUAAUUUACUGAAAAAGAAGUGAGAUUUUUGUGGUUGAGAUGGAAGUAUUACUAAUGAAUUUGUUAGACUUUUUUAAGUGUUCUGAAGAUUGCUGUUUGGAGUUUUAGUGCUUAAGAGGCAGUACUGACACUCUUCAGAUUGGUAAUAGUGGAGGCUAACCUUCUUCUGCAAGUCCAUUACUCCUAAUAGACAAUGUUCUAAUUGUCAUAUCAUAUUAAAUGCUCUUGAAAUUAACUUUCUCAGAAUCUGUUAGGUAUAGUAGUAGCUGUUAUGGUAGAUACCUGUAGUCCAGGAAUUGGAAGGUAGAGGCAGGAGAAUCGUGGUUGUGACCAUCAUCCUCAGCUACCUAGUGAAUUUAAGGCCAGACCUGGCUAUGUGAGAGCCAGUCUUAAAACAGAACACGUUCCAACCAACCAAAGCAUAGUGUACUAAAUGAGCUCAAUUAAAUCGAAUUAUCCUUUGAGUAUCUUGAAGAAUGUAGCAUCUCAUCUUUAAAGGCAGCAGUUUUCUUUCUAUAUAUGAGAAGUCUCAGCAUGAAGGCAAGGGAAUAAUCCAGAAGUUUUGGCAACUUAAGUUUUCUCCUUUUUAUGUUCAUUUGUAGUUACAUUGAAUUUAAUGAUUAGUAAGAAAAGAGACUUUCAAAAAUGGAACAUAUAGAAAAGUCACACACAUGCACACACAUACUGCAUAGGGUGUGUACAGUGUGUGUGUGUGUACUUGUGAGGUCAGUGUUGGUGUUCUCGAUUGCUCCCUCCCUUAUUUUCUGUGAUAGGCACUCUCACUAAUCCUGUAGCUCAUCCAUUCAGCUAGUCCAGGCUGUCAUUGCCCAUUGAGCUGCAGAGAUUCACUUCAGACUCCAGGGAUUAAAGGUGCAUGCCACCAUGGUGGGCUUUUUUUAUGUAGGUGCUGAAGACUCUAACUCAGGGUGUCAUGCUUGAAGGACAGUCGCUUUGCUACGGAGCCACUUCCCCAACACCAAGUUAGGUCAUAUUUUUAAACUUUAUAGUUCCCCCAAGGCAAUUAUUUCUAGUUGCAUCUCACUGACGCUCAUUUGCCUUGUAAGUUUUACAUUGUACAGUGGAAUGCACAAGGUGAAGAUUUGAGCGUCUUAGAUUGAUACUCAAGGCCUUCUGUUGCCUUCCUCAGCUAUGUUAGUUCAUCUACUACAGCUGACCAUGGGACCUACUUCUCAGUUAAUUCCAGAAUGUUGCCUUAAGCGUCUCUGUACUUUUUGUAGUUUCAUGAUUUUUUUUCUCUUUCUAACUGCUGUUUCUCCCUUACCCUGCUCCUUUCUACCUUUAACAGCACACAUAUUCAUUACUGCUCUCAGCUUAUAUCUCCCUUUAAGUGUUGCUUUGGUAGUUUUCUUCUCCAACCUGAGUUUGAUUGCUUUCUCUGUGCACUGAUUGCAUUCUGUCAGUGCUUCUAAUGUAGGAUCUAGUACUUAGUUUUAUGUAAGUCUUUCAUCUCUUGAUUACCUUGCAUUAUGGUUUGCUCUUUACUUACCUUGAAAACUGCAAAUGGCAGUGUGUUUGAAGGGCACUGUUAAUCUGAUCUGGAUUGGGAAAGGAGGAACGUGGGCGAGCAGACAGGGAAGACAAUCACCUGUAGUAUGCAUCCUAUGGAAUUCACGCAGGCGAGCUCCAUGUGGCAGCAUUUGCUCCUUCCCUUAUAUGCUCUUUUCCUCUCAGCUCCUGGGCUAGUCUCUGUCUUCACUUCCCCUCUGUGUACACUUUAAAUAUCAGCAAAACCAGCCAGGACUAGUUUAUGAAUUACUUGGGAAACUUACAGAAAUACAAAUUUCUAGCCCUGCCCAAAACCUGUAGUCUCUGAAUCAGAAUCAUUUAAAUUGGGAUGCAGUGGUCUGUGUUUAGUUUUAUAGGCCUGUUAUGUUUUUCUGAUGCUCAGGAAUGAGAACCACAGCUCCAGAGAAAAACUCCCUUCUUUGAUACUUCUGUUCCUUACCUGUUUUGUCUCUACUAUUAGACUUGGGUGUAUGACCCAUGAAAUCCUGUGGCUUCAAACUUUACUGUGAUUGACUGCAGUCUUGACGUUUCCUACAGAAGCUCCACCAUGAGGCGAGGUGGAUGGCGGAAGAGAACGGAGAAUGAUGGCUGGGAAAAAUGGGGCGGGUACAUGGCUGCCAAGGUCCAGAAGCUGGAGGAGCAGUUCCGCACAGAUGCUGCUAACCAGAAGGAUGGGACGGCGUCUGCAAUAUUUAGUGGAGUUGCCAUCUAUGUUAAUGGAUAUACAGAUCCUUCUGCGGAGGAAUUGAGAAAUCUAAUGAUGUUGCAUGGAGGUCAAUACCAUGUGUAUUAUUCUAGAUCCAAAACAACACACAUUAUUGCUACAAAUCUUCCUAAUGCCAAAAUUAAAGAAUUAAAGGGGGAAAAAGUAAUACGACCAGAAUGGAUUGUGGAAAGCAUCAAAGCUGGGAGACUCUUGUCCUCUGCUCCCUAUCAGCUCUACACCAAGCCGUCGGCUGCACAGAAGAGUCUCAACUUCAAUCCUGUGUGCAAACCUGAGGAUCCUGGGCCAGGUCCAAGCAAUAGAGCCAAACAGCUCAACAACAGGGUAAAUCACAUAAUUAAGAAGAUUGAGACAGAAAGUGAAGUGAAAGCAAAUGGACUGAGCAGCUGGAAUGAAGACGGUGUAAAUGAUGAUUUUAGUUUUGAGGAUCUGGAACAUACAUUUCCAGGAAGGAAACAGAAUGGAGUAAUGCAUCCCAGAGAUACCGCUGUCAUUUUUAAUGGACACACCCAUAGUUCAAAUGGUGCCUUAAAGACACAGGAUUGCUUGGUGCCUGUGGGCAACAGUGUUGCUAGCAGGCUAUCUUUAGACUCCACCCAGGAGGAGAAGAGGGCAGAGAAGAGCAACGCGGACUUCAGAGACUGCACAGUGCAGCACUUGCAACACAGCACCAGAAGUGCAGAUGCUUUGCGGAGUCCACACAGAACUAAUUCUCUCUCACCAUCUUUGCACAGUAACACUAAAAUCAAUGGUGCUCACCACUCCACUGUUCAGGGGCCUUCAAGCACAAAAAGCACUUCUGUUCUGACUCUUAGUAAAGUAGCGCCUUCAGUGCCAUCCAAACCCUCGGACUGCAACUUCAUUUCAGAUUUCUAUUCUCGUUCAAGACUGCAUCACAUCUCAACAUGGAAGUGUGAAUUGACUGAGUUUGUCAAUACCCUACAGAGACAAAGUAGUGGUAUCUUUCCGGGAAGGGAAAAGUUAAAAAAAGUGAAAACAGGCAGGUCUUCUCUUGUUGUAACUGACACAGGCACUAUGUCAGUGUUGAGCUCACCCAGACAUCAGAGCUGUGUGAUGCACGUUGAUAUGGACUGCUUCUUUGUAUCAGUGGGUAUACGAAAUAGACCAGAUCUCAAAGGAAAACCAGUGGCUGUUACAAGUAACAGAGGCACGGGAACGGCGCCUUUGCGUCCUGGUGCUAACCCGCAGCUGGAAUGGCAGUAUUACCAGAAUAGAGCCCUGAGAGGAAAAGCAGCAGAUAUACCAGAUUCAUCAGUAUGGGAGAAUCAAGAUUCUACACAAACAAAUGGAAUUGAUUCUGUUCUGUCAAAAGCUGAGAUUGCUUCUUGUAGUUAUGAAGCCAGACAAGUUGGCAUUAAGAACGGAAUGUUUUUUGGAUAUGCUAAACAGCUGUGUCCUAAUCUGCAAGCUGUUCCGUAUGAUUUUCAUGCAUGCAGGGAAGUUGCCCAGGCAAUGUAUGAAACACUGGCCAGCUACACACACAGCAUCGAGGCUGUCAGCUGCGAUGAAGCACUGAUUGACGUCACGGACAUCCUUGCAGAGACGAAACUUUCUCCUGAGGAGUUUGCAGCUGCCCUCCGUAUUGAAAUCAAAGACAAGACCAAAUGUGCUGCCUCUGUUGGAAUUGGUUCUAAUAUUCUUCUUGCUAGAAUGGCAACUAAGAAAGCAAAGCCAGAUGGUCAGUACCACCUGCAGCCCGACGAGGUAGACGAUUUCAUCCGAGGGCAGCUCGUCACUAACCUGCCGGGAGUUGGACGUUCAAUGGAAUCUAAGCUUGCAUCUUUGGGGAUUAAGACUUGUGGAGAUUUGCAGUGUUUGACCAUGGCAAAACUCCAGAAAGAAUUUGGCCCCAAGACAGGGCAGAUGCUGUAUAGGUUCUGCCGAGGUUUGGAUGAUAGACCUGUUAGAACAGAGAAGGAACGAAAAUCUGUUUCAGCCGAGAUCAACUAUGGAAUAAGGUUCACCCAGCCCAAAGAAGCAGAAGCUUUCCUUCUGAGUCUUUCAGAAGAAAUUCAAAGACGACUUGAAGCUGCUGGCAUGAAGGGCAAACGCCUGACUCUGAAAAUCAUGGUGCGGAAGCCAGGGGCCCCUAUAGAAACUGCAAAAUUUGGAGGCCAUGGAAUUUGUGAUAACAUCGCCAGGACUGUAACUCUGGACCAGGCAACAGAUAGUGCAAAAAUAAUUGGGAAAGCCACUCUAAACAUGUUUCAUACAAUGAAACUAAAUAUAUCGGAUAUGAGAGGGGUUGGUAUUCAAGUGAAUCAGUUGGUUCCUGCUAAUUCAAAUCUUUCCACAUGUUCAAGUCGUCCAUCAGCUCAGUCAAGCCUCUUCUCUGGUCGGCCACAUUCUGUCCGUGAUCUCUUCCAACUUCAGAAAGCCAAGAAACCCACAGAAGAGGAACACAAGGAAGUAUUUCUGGCUGCUGUGGAUCUGGAAGUGUCCUCCACCUCUAGAGCUUGUGGUUUAUUGUCUCCGCUCUCUGCACAUCUGGCAGCUAGUGUUAGUCCUGACACUAACAGUGGAGAGUGUUCCAGAAAAUGGAAUGGCCUGCACUCUCCUGUCAGUGGACAGUCACGGCUGAACCUCAGUAUAGAGGUCCCAUCACCAUCCCAGAUUGACCAGUCUGUUUUAGAAGCGCUCCCACUUGAUCUCCGGGAACAAAUAGAACAAGUUUGUGCCGCUCAGCAGGGAGAGCCACGUGGAAAGAAGAAAGAACCAGUAAAUGGCUGCAGUUCAGGGGUGUUGCCACAUCCUGUUGGAACAGUUUUAUUACAGAUCCCAGAGCCUCAAGAACCUUGUAAUAGUGACAGCAAGAUUAGUGUAAUUGCCCUUCCAGCAUUCUCACAAGUGGACCCUGAUGUCUUUGCUGCCCUUCCUGCUGAGCUUCAAAAGGAGCUGAAAGCAGCAUAUGAUCAAAGACAAAGGCAGGGAGAGGACACUACUCAUCAGCAGCCAACCAGUACAUCUGUGCCAAAGAAUCCUUUACUUCAGCUAAAGCCACCAGCAAUGAAAGACAAGAGGAACAAGAGGAAGAACCUCAUUGGUUCUCCCAGAAAGAGUCCUUUGAAAAAUAAGCUGCUUAGCAGUCCUGCAAAAACUCUGCCAGGGGCAUAUGGAAGCCCCCAGAAGUUAAUGGAUGGUUUUCUACAACAUGAAGGAAUGGCUUCAGAGAGACCCCUGGAAGAAGUCUCGGCUUCUACCCCUGGUGCACAGGACCUAUCUAGUUUACUGCCAGGCCAGAGCAGCUGUUUUAGACCAGCAGCACCCAACCUAGCUGGAGCUGUGGAAUUCAGUGAUGUGAAGACCUUGCUCAAAGAGUGGAUCACUACUAUCUCAGAUCCGAUGGAAGAAGACAUCCUGCAGGUUGUGAGAUACUGCACUGACCUCAUAGAGGAGAAAGACUUGGAAAAAUUGGAUCUGGUUAUAAAAUACAUGAAAAGGUUGAUGCAGCAGUCGGUGGAGUCUGUAUGGAACAUGGCGUUUGACUUUAUUCUUGACAAUGUUCAGGUGGUUUUACAGCAGACUUAUGGAAGCACACUGAAAGUGACCUGACUGCUGUGCAGAGGGCCUGGGGCUCUCUGCGCUGUGCCAGCAGUGCUUGUGAGGUAUUUGCAAAGUGCAUGAUAGUGAUGCUCUGAGUUUUCAUAAUUCUACAUUUCUUUUUAAGCAAGUGUUUUGUACAUUUCUUUUCAAAAAAGUGCCAAAUUUGUCAGUAUUGCAUGUAAAUAAUUGUGUUAAUUCUUUUACUUGUAGCAUAGAUUCUAUUUACAAAACGUUUGUUUAUAAAGUUUUAUGGAUUUUUACAGUGAAGUGUUUACAGUUGUUUAAUAAAGAACUGUAUGUAUAUUUUGUA